AUGGGAAUCUCAAAGGCCAUGUUAGCCCCAGGCCUGGCAGUGCUUGCUUCUGCAUUUUGCCUUAGUUCCCGACAGCAGCAGGCAGUUCAAGAGAUGAUCAACCAAGUACUGGAGAACCUGGAAGCAAGCCCAUUCCAGAUGCCUGAUUAUGCCUGCAAAACUUCAGGUGCUGCUAUCAUUCAUUCCAAGACUUCUCCCUCCUGGACUGGAAGUGGAAAAGUCUUUUGGCAGUCGUUGCCAGUGCUGAGGAUUGCCUUUACCCUUGUCCUUCCUGACAAUCAUCCAGGAAACUGCUGGCCCUUCCCAGGAAGUCAAGGACAGGUCUUCAUCAAGUUGCCUGUGCCCAUCUUUCCCACAGCAGUUACGAUAAACCAUGGAAUUCCAGCAACAACAUACCACGCAGACAGCAUCUCCAGUGCUCCAAAGGACUUUGCUGUCUAUGGCCUGAAGGAAGAAGAUGAUGAGAAUGGAAUGUUCCUGGGAGAGUUAACUUUCAUGUCAGGCCAGAAUCCCAGCCAGACCUUUCAGCUGAAGAAUGAACACUCUGGGUUCAUCAGUUAUGCAAGGCUGCAAGUGCUGAGCCACCUGGAGUACACCUGUGUGUAUCAGUUCAGGCUCCACGGCAAUCCAGCCCGUGACAGUGACGCUGGGGAAAAGCUAUCUGAUCUACCUCAGAAUAAAUUACUUCUCCCAUGUUGA